GUUGUCAACAGUUUGCAAAAUAGAAAAACAUGUAGCUAGAUACUGAGACCAGAACCGUUCUUUUAUAGCUGAAUGAGAAAGCUACCGGUAUUUUUCCAGCAGAGAAAGAGAGACGGGGGAAGGAGUGACUGAAGACAGACAGACGGCGCCGCUGCGGAAAGCAGAAGUAGUUAGUUACAGUAGUUAACUAGCUAGCCAGAAUGUUUAGCUACUGUAGCUAGUUAGCUAACUUGUAUGGUGAUAAGUAUAAGUACCAGGCCAGCUAAAAACGGGCUGGUGUGUGUGAUAACUCCAGCCUGCUCUCCCUCUCCGCGGCUACACUACUGAUGCCGGUCUCGGCCGGGGCUCCAUGGAAGAGCUGCAAGCACAGGACGGAACAAGGAACGGGACUGUAACCGAGGCUCACCCCUGCCCGGGCAAGCCCUCUGCCCAUCUCUCUGGUCCAACGGGAUAUUAUUACAGUGGGGUGAGCCUGGAAACGGGAGUUACGGCCGACCGAGCGACCGAGCGGUGAUGGGAUCAGAAGUACUUUUCCAACUUUUUCUACAACUUUUAUGAAAGGUCUUAUAAUAAAGUUGAGAUUUAUUUAUACCUACAUCAACCUGGUUAAGGUUAUACAGUGUAUUUGUCCGGCAGUGAUGAGAUGUCAUGUAGCUAAACUCCUAUAGAAGCUACCAUCUCUAGAUGUUCGACAGACACGGUUGAAACCCCUGGAACCUGCUUCUCCCGCUACAGAAUCCGGGUAGAGAUCCAGGACAAGAUGAGUGGGGGGAAGAAGAGGAGUGGCUUCCAGAUUACUAGUGUGACGUCAGACUACACGCAGAGCUCUGGGGAAGCCCCACCCCAUGUUCAGGCCUCUAGCCAAUCAAAUCCCUCCCUUCAGUCCUCCAGCCAAUCCACUGAUUCCUCCCAGCCUGGCCUCUCCCACCAGCAGGGAAGUUUCUCCCAGCCGACGACUCCCCUCUCUCUGAGGAAAUCCAACUCACAAGAUGCUGUGGGGCAGGGGUCCAGGUUUCGAGUUGUCAGAUUGGGCCAGGGCCAUGGAGGACCCUAUUGCCGGGGGCGGUGGACCUGUACAGACUUUUUGGAACGAGAGGAAGGGGUGGGGCCUAGAUGGGUGAUGGACAGCAUGAGACACGCCCACUCUCUGGAGUCCCUGGAGGGGAUUGGUCUACAGAGGGCUGGGGGAGGGGCUGGAGGCGAGCUGCUGGGGCACAUGCGCACUCUCAGGACAGGACACCUUGUUCACUCUCAGGGUACCUCCCACUUGCUGGCCCAGCCAAUAGGGUCAGACGUGGAGGGGUUUGGAGGGCUGAAGCCUCUCCUCCACAGUGACCCGCCCAACCCCACACACCUGGAAAGAUUCAACUUGCGAGUGGUCGACUCCAUGCCCCCUGCCCAGCCCCCGCCCACGGAACAUCCCACCCCCUCUACGCCUGGAUGUGGACGCUACCGGGAGGACUUUAUGGACAUGGAAAGUUAAAUUACUUAUAUUGUCAAAGGAUGACAUGACCUGGUAGUAGACCAGUGUCAACAUGACUGAAAAGACACAUGACCUGGUAGUAGACCAGUGUCAACAUGACUGAGAAGACACAUUACCUGGUAGUAGACCAGUGUCAACAUGACUGAGAAGACACAUAACCUUGUAUGAAAGACAAAACAAAACCAGAUUGUUGACGUUACAUUUCACUUUUCACUGACUGUCCCUCAGGUUGUGGCAGGAGGACAUGUUUGGCUUCCAAAACUGCACAUUUUGACUUUUCACCCAAUACAUAUUAGACUUAUUUUCUUAAUCUUUUAUAGUUUGAAAUUCUUUAUAUUGAAUUAUAAUUUUGGGAAAGGAAGAUUCUCUUAGGUCUGAGUAUUUGUCACAGUGUCAUAGGAAAUGCAGCUCUGUCUCUACCUCUCCCCUGGAGCAGAGUGAGCAUGGACUGUCCUCUCUGGGCAGCCAGGUUGGUCUGUGACGACCGGUCUCCAUAGCCAAACUGUCCUCCCUGGGCAACCAGACUUUCCUCCCUGGGCAACCAGACUGUCCUCUCUGGGCAACCAGACUGUCCUCUCUGAGCAUCCAGGUUGGUCUGUGACAACCGGUCUCUAUAGCCAGACUGUUCUCUCUGGGUAGCCAGGUUGGUCUGUGAUGACCGGUCUCUAUAGCCAGACUGUCAUCUGUGUACAGCAGACCCUCCUUAGUGGGAGACAGCAGCA